AUGUUUGCUUCCAAACGCCGGCAACUCUUCAACUCGUUAUUCCAAUCUGUCUCAUUGAAGUCUGCAAGGAGCAGUCUUUGCAACAAGUAUUCAUACUCUGCUUGUGCCACUAGAUCAUUAUUUAAUCAAACUUGCAAUAAUACAUCUGAAAGAUCUUUCUUUACAAAAAGAAAAAAAUCAAAUAGUAAUUUACCAAUUGAAACGUCGGACAAGUUUUAUUCACACCUGAACGAUCAACGAAUUGUUGAUGAUGGUAGUUUCAAGUCACUCUUUAGAAUUUGGUAUAAAUUUCUGACGAAUAUUCGAAAACAUUUGUCACUCAUGGAAUUGUGUAUGAUUGGAAUUGGAAUAUUGGCAACCUCAACAGUGGUGUAUCGAUAUUUGUAUAUUGUGUAG